AUGAAGGCAAUCCAGAUCAAAGAGUUCAAUGCGCCCUACUCCGUAUCGGAAGUAGACAAGCCCAAACCCAAGCCUCACCAACUUCUGAUUCAGAUCAAGGCUGGCGGUUUCUGCCACACUGAUUGCAUGGCUCUCGCAGGAGAAUUUGGCUCCAAACUACCAUUUAUCGGAUCCCACGAACCAACUGGUGUUGUUGUAGAAGUUGGUUCUGAAGUUGAGGGUUUUACGGAAGGUGAUCGCGUGGGAUGUCUCAACUUUGAUAGCUGUUGCGGAAAAUGUCCGGACUGUAAGGCUGGAAAGCCUAUAUACUGUGACGCUCCUCUGAUGAAGGGACUCACUGCGGAUGGAGCUUGGGCAGAGUACAUGGUAUCGGACGCUCGCUUUGCAGUCAAGCUGCCUGAUGCACUCAAGUUUCCUACUGCGGCCUGUAUGAUGUGCGCAGGCGCAACCAUAUACGGCGGGAUCAAGAACGCCAAGGUUCCAGCUGGAGGCUCAAUUGGCAUCAUCGGCAUUGGUGGUUUGGGACAUAUCGGAACCCAACUAGCAAAAGCAAUGGGCUAUCAAGUAGCUGCUAUCGACGCCAAGCAAGACACCUUGGAUCUUGUGUCGUCCUACACCCUCAAGCCCGACGUUUGCAUUCUUGCGUCUGACCCUCUAGAAUAUUCCAUGAAGAAAAUCACAGACGUCGUCAAAAGUGAUUAUCCAGGACUUGAUGCUGUAAUUAUUGCAACAGACGCGCCCCCAGCAUUCGAUCUUGCCGCUCAACUUACGCGCAAACACGGCACGAUGGUCCUUCUAGGCCAGCCCGAAAAGGGCAUCACGCUAUCUUACCAAAACAUUAUUUUCCGGGAUAUAAAACUGGUAGGAUCUCUACUUGCUGAUCGUCCUGUGUUGGAAGAGCUCUUGAAACUGGUUGUGGAGCAUGAUAUCCAGGUCAAGAUAAAGGAAUGGAAGAUUGAAGAUGCUGAGAAGAUGAGGCAGGAAUACUUGACGGGCAAGAACAGCGGCAAGAAUGUGAUUGUAUUCUAG